AUGGAAAUUUUUGCAGCUGGCGUUGACGAGAUAGCCAUUCCGGAUCGAGAAAAUGGUGUUGACGCGUUCUCGUGUCAAGUCACUUUCAUUGAGGGAGGAUUUGUGAUCAGUGUUAGCAAACACCAUUUCGUCUGUGACGGCACCGCUAUCGCGAAUUUCAUAACAUGGUGGUUCAAGAAAGCGCGGGGCUACCGGACGGACAACGUGGUGCAAGACUCGGAGAUUCUACCUAUAUCGAAGAUGAUGACGCUCCAUGACAGAAGCUCAUUGCUCCUAGAACCGCAGGCAGAACCUCAAGAGCGCCGAGAGCCGAAUGGCGUACGCAGUUUCUCUCCAACGGUUGUCGACCCCACCCCUCCCAAAACAUCCACAUCCUCGCUGGACCCUCUCUCGUCGGCCGUGAGAACCGAAGUCGGCCAAGCUAUCUUCCGACUGGAGCCUUCAUGCCUCCGGGAAAUCCAUGCUGAUGCCUCCAAGCACGCAAACCGCAAAAUUUCCACAAAUGACGCCAUGUGCGCGCUUCUUUGGCGAUGCAUCACGCGCGCACGCUUCUGUGACAGAAAUGUCGAGGGGCAGCCUCAGACCUCGUCGCUAAUUAUGACCAUCAAUGCUCGUAGCAAAUUUAACCCACCACUUCCUGACCAGUACUUCGCCAACUGCGUGUUUGGGGCCACGUCAUCCGUCCCCAUCCCCAUCCUCACUUCCGUCGACCCACCAUCUCUUUCCGACGUCGCGGUUACCCUUCGAGAGUCCUUGUUGGCCCAAACUUCGGACACCUGGCUGCGAUCUGUGCUACAGCAUGCAGCCGCCGCGCAGUCAACGCCCAUAGACAGGGUCCUGGCUUUGAAACACGGUUUGGCUGACAAUGUGGUAGUCACAAGCUGGGAAAAGUAUUUUGAUCGUCCGGAGGACUUGGAUGUUGGACUUGGAGCCUUUUGGCGGCUACGAUUGACGUUUGAUAAUUUUGGGUAUGACGGGUUGGUAUUGGUUCUGCCGGCGUAUGGAAUGAGGGAUAAACCUGCUGGUGUUGGCACCGCAUAUCCUGGUGGCUUGGAGAUCGUGGUAAGCUUAUUGCGCGAGCCGUUGGAGUAUUUGAAAGCAGACAAGGAGUGGACGAGAUAUGCACAAUGUGUAGAGGCUUGA